GUUUGUUCCCCCACUGAUCACCAGACAGUCAAAUCAGCUUAGUCAAGUUCCAAUGGAAAGAAGCUUGUGCGGAUAAACGGCUCUUUAGCUCUCGAAACCAUUGAUGACACGCAAAAUACGACGAUAACCAUUGAGCAUGGUAUGAUAGCAGUUAUAACUAGCCUCGCCGCUCCGCAUUUCUACAACUCUGGAGACAGACUAAUAUUACAUUGGUAAAGGGCCAAACUAUAAGAAGGGUGGAGGAGGAAGAGGAGGACAACAACGACACAGCGCUAGCAAGAUAAUCAUUCAGACCGCCCGUCAGCGUUAUCGGCCCCCCAGAGACCAGAAAAUGCAAGUGUCGAAGCGGCCGGUUAUCGCCGUGGCUGGUCUUGCCUGCGAGACGUCGACCUUCUCCCCUGCCGUUACCCUUGCCCCGGCCUUUCACCCCAAGCGUGGUGACGAGAUUGCCGAGCGAUACGAGUUUCUUCACGACGAUAAGCCGCUGGGGAUAGAGGCAGAGUGGAAAGGCGCUCUCAUCGGACAUGCGCUGCCUGGAGGGAUUGUGACUCGCGAUGCGUUUGAGACGCUCUCCAAGGAGAUUGUAGAGAGGCUGCAGGUAAUUGUUUCGGAGACUAAAGUUGAUGGCUUGUGGUUCGAUAUCCAUGGCGCCAUGUGCGUGCAGGAACUGGACGACGUUGAAGCUGAGCUCUUGAGACGCGUUCGCGCGGUCAUCGGGCCAGAUGUCAUUGUAUCGGCGUCAAUGGAUCUCCACGGCAACGUCUCACGAGAACUGGCUCAUAUGUGCGAUCUCAUCACCUGCUACCGCAUGGCGCCGCACGAAGAUGCCAUGGACACAAAAGAGCGAGCCUGCCGGAAUCUUGUCAACGUAUUGAAGGGCAAAGAGCCAGGCAGACGACCUCUCAAAGCCUGGAUCCCCGUUCCUAUCUUGCUUCCUGGAGAGCAGACUUCGACGCGAGAUGAGCCGGCAAAACACAUCUACGCUGCUGUGCCCGAAGUGGAAGCUGUGGAUGACGUUUUGGAUGCGGCUAUCUGGGUAGGAUAUGCAUGGGCUGAUGAGCCAAGAAACCGCGCUGCCAUUGUUGUUACGGGAUGGGAUGAGAGUGCGGUUUCUCAAGGAGCUGAGAAGCUGGCCAAAUUGUUCUGGGAUGCGCGAGCUGAUUUCAAGUUCGUUGCGCCUACUGGCAGUUUUGCAGAAUGUCUAGAUGCUGCCGUCAAGUCGCCACCCGAAGAGCGCCCAUAUUUUAUCUCUGAUUCUGGAGACAACCCGACGGCAGGAGGCUCGGGAGACAUGACUUGGGGGCUCACAAAGUUGCUUGAGAGGCCAGAGUUCAAAUCGCCUGAUUCUGGAUACACAGUCAUAUACGCCAGUGUCCCAGGGCCGAAGGCUAUCGAAACCGCCGUUGCUGCUGGUGUUGACGCGGUUGUCACUGUGACUGCUGGCGCCGAUGUUGACAACAUUCACGCACCUCCACUCACAAUGACUGGUCGUGUUCAUUCUAUCAAGCAUGGCGAUCGAGACGCCGAAACCGAAGUCGUAUUGCAGGUCGGCUCCGUGUAUGCUAUCUUGACAAAGCUACGAAAGCCAUAUCACAAGGAAAAGGACUUUACUGAUCUUAAUCUCCUUCCGAGAUCGGCUGAUAUUGUCAUUGUGAAGAUUGGAUACCUUGAGCCGCAGCUGUAUGAUAUGGCAAAGGGCUGGAUGCUCGGGUUAACGCCGGGCGGUGUUGAUCAGGACUUGAAGAGGCUGGGGCAUCAUCGGAUACGAAGACCUAUGUGGCCGUUUGAUGAGCAUUUUGACAAGAUGCCUAAGUUGAAAACGGUGUGGAUUGAUAAGUCGAAUGAGUCUCUAAGAGGCCCGGAUAUUUAGGUAUAGAAUAGAGGUGUAUUAAAAGCUAGCUUCAAGAUUCCAUCUAUAUAUUGUCCCA